ACCUCACAAAAUCAAUGGUUCGUUUGCUUGCUGUUGCAUUGAAGCUUUAAAAACAAAAGGAAACCAAACCAAUUGCUUUGACUUGAUAACUUUCUUUUACUUUCCCUCUCGACCACCAAGAUGACGUCUCUAGCGGAUGUCCACGCUUCCCCGUCCUCGAGCCCCCAAAAGCUCAUCCGUCGCGACGAAGCUGAGAUUCGAGCUAGGCUGCUUCGUACACUCGGAAUCUUUUUCCAGGUCGAAGACGUGUCCUCUGAGGUCGUGUCAACCAAGAGCACUGGAAGAUCUAGUUGCUUCAAACACAAAGACGAAGAAGAAAAGAAGAUGGACCACAACGAUUACUACGAUUAUUACCCUGUGUCACCGUCGUCAGGACAAGACAUGCGCGUCAUUUCUACAAGUGUGCUCCAUCUGGAACCAAUGCCGUCGCUAUUGGAUUUUUCGACAAUGCACCAGGAGCUAUUACUCAUUUCUUCAAAGCGUUCCAGGAGGAAGAAGAAGAUCCAGUUUCUCCCUUAUGUGACGGUUGUCGACAUCCCGUCACAUCGAGACUAUCCUCAGAAUGUCCAAGAACAGCUUUGGACGAGUCUGGACGAAAUUCAAGCCAAUGGUUGGCGCAACUCCUUGGAGUUUGAAGCGGAUAAUCGUGAUUGGCGAAAGGCAACGGAGGAAGACGUCUUUAUUGGUGUCAACGGAGAGCUUGUCCACCCAGAGACGUACCGACAACACUGUCGUAGUCACCGACGGCAGCGAGGGCCUGGAGCCAACAAGAAAAAGAACAGGAAAAAGAAGAAGAAGGGCAACAUCCCAAAGAAGCAUCUGGGGAGGAUCAACGCUUUGAGGGCUAGGUUGCGUGGAUCCAAAAACGGACACUCCUUGACCCGCUUUGCGGAUAGUUAGAAAGCGCAGACAGGACGUGUUGGAGGACAGCAAUAUUGACAGUUUUGUGACGAGUGCACACUUAGAAUAGAUCAUUCCAUAUGCAUAUAUAGAAAACCUUUAAGGUUUCGUC